UUGUCCCCUGAAUGCCCUGCUGAGAGGAGCCAGCAGAGAUCAGCAGACAGCAGAGACGCUCGGCCUUAGCAGCUGACACCAGCGAGAGGAAUGGACUAAUACAUAUCGGGCGAUGUUCAGAUUUGUUUGCGAUGGAAACAGAUAUGAUACCAAAGUUUUCCUCAAAAGACGAGGAAAUUGACUUCUGGAAGGCUCUUUCACUCAAGUACAAGAAAAGCUGCCAGGAGGCUCAGGAGGAGCUGCUGGAGUUUCAGGAGGGGAGCAGGGAGCUGGAGGCCGAGCUGGAAGCUCAGCUGGGCCAGACUGAGCAUCGUAUGAAGGACCUGCAGACUGAGAACCACAGACUCAAGAAUGAGCUCGAAACAAUCAAGGACAAGCUGGAGAAGCAGUACUCUCAGAGCUACAAGCAGAUCUCCAUGCUGGAGGACGACCUCGGCCAAACACGCAGCAUCAAGGAUCAGCUCCACAAAUACGUCAGAGAGCUCGAACAGUCCAAUGAUGACUUGGAGAGAGCCAAAAGAGCUACCAUCGUGUCUCUGGAGAACUUCGAGCAGCGUCUGAACCAGGCCAUCGAGAGGAAUGCCUUCCUGGAGAGCGAGCUAGAUGAGAAGGAGUCUCUUCUGGUUUCCGUGCAAAGAUUAAAGGAUGAAGCCAGAGAUUUGCGGCAGGAGCUGGCCGUACGUGAGAGGCAGUCAGAUGUAACCAGGAUGUCCGCUCCAAGUUCGCCCACACAGGACAAUGUGAAGAUGGACACUGCAGUGCAGGCCUCUCUCUCUCUCCCUGCUACCCCACUGAGCAAAGAUCUGGACAACACCUUUGCCAACCCAACAGUGCUAUCAAAUGGCUAUAGCAGCAACUCCCCACUGACUCCCUCUGCCAGAAUAUCAGCCCUCAACAUCGUCAGUGAUUUACUCCGGAAAGUAGGGGCUCUGGAGUCGAAGCUUGCCGCUUGCAGGAACUUUGCCAAGGACCAGAGAGCCAGGAAGGCGUUCGCUCUCGACAACAGCAACGUGCUCAACGCAAACUACUCGCAAUCACUCCAUACAUCAUAUUUUGACAAAGCGACAGAGAUUGUCACAUUCCCUGCAUUGAUUCUGGCAGGACCGUGAACGGACUAAAACCGGGUACCCUGACAGCUAUCACCGCCCCUCCUGCUGCCUCCUCCACAGGCUUAGUGCCCCUUGCUGUGUGACGUUAACACCCCCCUCCCCACCCCCCCAUCUCAAACCUAACCCAAACCGUCCUGAAGGCUCCAGACAAAGAGGGAUCACAAAUGGCUACUGUAAACCUCGUCUUGUCACUCUCUCUGUUGUUCUGGCACUUGUGCUUCGUUCCUGCUGUAAUUAUGAGUCCCUGUCUGUAUAUUUCACGUGUUUCUGUAUCUGCUGUUUGCUCGCUGGCUUGUACAAAGAUGGUGCCCCAUCUACUCUUGACAUAUUUAAAGAUUCCUCAAAGAACUCUGCACCCUGAUUUGUGCAAUGUGUGCAUCAAAUAAUCUAAAAAGGGAAAUAUUAUGCAAUUAAAAUGUCGUUAGCUGGACAUUUUAAUGUCACUACUUUAACUAGCAAUAACUUAAAUUAAUGUGACAGUUAAGUGCACUCACAUCCAGUGCUGAAACCAUGAAUGAAAAAUAACUUUAAUGGGUGUGCAGAUGUCCCGGAUAAUUGCUUGCCACAUGGCCAAUGUCUCUGUCAAUUAUUGUUGAUGUUUAAAAAUGUCCAACAUGUGAGCCUCACAGGCAGAUGUUUUAAAUACUAUCUCUGGAAGGAUUCACGUGGUUUUUGGCUUUUAACUGUUAUCUCGUGACCCUUGCUUUUUUUUGCAUUUGGUUUUCAAAGAUGUUUUUAAGACAGGGCAGGGGAGUCUUUGUGUCUGUAGUAAGUCGAACACACCAUCUGUCCUCUGAACUAUGUGACAUGAUGUGUACAGUAUUGGUCAUAUUGAUCGUUAUUUAUAGACGGCCAUUUAAGAGGUGCUGUCGUAGUGUUCACACCAGUUAACCAGGAUUCUGUAGUCGAAGUGUUUUGCUUUUUUGAUUUAACACAUUUUCAGUACUGUACACGAUGAGUGAGUCAAGCACUUUGACCUCUUGUGAACUUAACUUUCUUUCAUUUUCAAAGUGCAAUAUUGCCUGUUUUGUUUUAGUUUUUGGGUUUAAUUUAAUUCAGUUUUCUUUUACAGCACGUUUUAAUAAAAUAUGUAAUUAUACUCCA